ACUUUGUUGGUGCUUUCAAAGAAAUGUAAACAACUUCGAUAUACCACUCAUCGACUUUUUGUGCAUAUACAGAUAUAUUCAAAAAAAAUUCAAAGCAAGCAAGUGCUCAUUUCUGAUUUGUUUGAAAGUGUCUAUAAGAGUUUUAACACAUGGGAAAAAAGAAUAAACGAAAGGGUCACCCAAAACCACAUUAUCGCGGAAAACCACUUUGGCAACUGUUGGAAAAUUUGCCAAACUAUGGCGUUGGGCGGCUAAUAGUUCGUGGCUCCUUUCAGCAGGAUGAAGAGCAUCCUUCUUACAUGCGUAUACUGACUGUAGAUAUGACAUCAAAAUCAAUAAAACAUCCCGACAAUCCAAAAAAUGCUAACAAAAUAAGAAUCCCGGUUACUGUGGAAAGAGUAUAUCGUGGAGUAAUUUUCCCACGACCAUGUAAUAUCCAAAGUACCAGCUAUUUAGCUGAUUUCAUACUUGUUCCUGAAGCAGAAGAAGAAAAGUUCGUGCGUAACUCAAAGACUUCAAGUGAAUGUAACUACGUAUAUUGGACAGCUGGUCAGAAGAAGAGGAUAAGGGAGAGAAUAGGUCAAGGAAUGACGCCGGAAGAAGCUAAACAGAGGGAAAGAGAAAUAAUGGCCAGAGAAGAGGCUGAAAAAAAUGGAUCCACCAGCAAAGAAUCUUAUAAUCAAAACCAAUCUAACUUUGAAGAUAAUUUUGAUGAUGACGUCGAUGAAGAAUACGAAUCUUUUGGCUCCAAGAAUUUUUCUAAAGACCAAGUUCAGAAAAGUUCAACCGCCGCUAAAGUAACAGAACAAGGGUCAAGUUGCUGUUCAAAAAGAAGCUUUUCUCAUAAAACUAAUGAAGUUAGCGCAAAAUUAACAAAAUAUAAUUGAAUCACCCUUAUUAACUUAAAAGCUUCAUACUAUACAUUAUUUGGUUAAUUUAUAAAUAUAUGUACAUAUUUGAAUAUGUAUUAAUUGUUAUUUGAAGUAAGCGAUUUGGUCAGACAGAAGCUGAUCUCAAAUAUCUAUUGUGAAAAAAAGCAACCGCAAAAUUUACUUACAACAAAAAAUUCAACCUCAUUAAUUUUAACCUACAUAUUUUUAAAAUAAUUAAUAAUAUUAAUUUUACAAUAAGAGUGAUUAAAAAAACACAAAUUGUUAAGGAAUUACACUUAGUUGGUUUAACAACUCUUAUUUAAAAACUACUAAAAAAAAGUUUAAGAAUACCCGCUUUUCCUGUUAGAACUUUGAAUAUACAUACUCAAGCAAACCACAAU